CUUGGACCCUUUGUAACUUAAAUGCUCUCACUUUGUGUUCACCACUAUCUUUUUCUCUGUGGGCAUCUCCUUCUCUGUCCUGGCUCUUCUGAUCAUCAGUGAUCCAGGACUAGGUUUCAUAGAAAGAGAAGUUUCAGUGGGGAAAGGCUUUUGAGAGAUCUUAAUGGCGGAUGCUACUGAUCCAUUUCCUGACUUGCGGAGUGUGUAUAAAGUUUCUAGUCGCCAAGUUAAUCGACUAUGUCGGAAUGUGACAGACAUGAAGCUUGCUUCUGCACAAGAUGGUGAUAAGGAGAACUCGUUGGAAUCCGAUAAUAAAGUUGCUGCAAGUUUUGUGUUUUCUCGAGAUUCUACUCCCAAUGUAUGGGGACAUCCGAAUGUGAUUCAGAAACUUAGGAUGCAAGGUAAUCGUGGUUCUGAAAAGGCUACUGACAAAGCCUGGUCAACUCAGAAUGCUGUUUCUUGGAAACAACAAGGUGAUAAAACAUGGGGAAAUAGUGGUAUAAAAUCUUCAUCUUUAGAGCAUGGAAGGAAUGAUCCUAAUCAAGCUGGUUCCGCUUUGACUAACAGCUCUCAUGAUGGCCAAAUUAAACCAGACCAUGCUGCUGGUGAUAAUUUGGAUGAUGAAAAUGAAGAUAAUGAAUACGACAAUGAUGAAAAAUGUGUUUUGUAUGAUAGUGAUGAUAUUGAUGAUUAUGUUUCUGAUUCUGAUGAUGAGAAGAGCCAUGAAGCGCGCAAGAAGAGCAGGUGGUUCAAUUUGUUUUUUGAAAGCUUAGAGAAACUGACAGUUGAGGAGAUUCUUUCACCAGUUCGGCGGUGGCACUGUCCAGCAUGUCAAGGUGGGCCAGGAGCCAUCAACUGGUAUCGAGGCAUACAAGCCCUGAUGACUCAUUCCAUGACUAAAACAACACGAAGAGCUAAGAUGCAUCGUGCAUUUGCUGAAGUUUUGGUUGAGGAGAUGCGGAGGAGAGGAGCUUUUAUCAAACCAGACAAUGAUGCAUUUGGCAAAUGGGAAGGGCUGAAUGAUAGAGUAGCGGAUCGUGAGAUUGUUUGGCCUCCAAUGGUUGUCAUUAUGAAUACAAGAUAUGAACAGGAUGAAAACGGAAAGUGGACCGGAAUGGGAAAUCAAGAGCUUCUCAAUUACUUCAGCUCAUAUGCAGCAGUAAAAGCAAGGCAUUCAUACAGUCCACAAGGGCACCGGGGGAUGAGUGUUUUGAUCUUUGAGAGCUCAGCAGCAGGAUAUCUAGAGGCUGCACGUCUGCAUAAGCAUUUUAAAGAGCAAGGGAGGGAUAGGGAUGCUUGGGAUUGUUCACAGGCUCCAUUCUGUUCAGGUGGGAAGCGCCAACUCUAUGGCUACAUUGCCAUGAAAGAAGACUUGGAUUUAUUUAAUCGACACUCUCAAGGUAAGUCCGGGCUGAAAUUUGAGAUGAGAUCAUACCAAGAGAUGGUUGAGAGCCAGAUAAAGAAGAUAAACAAUGAUAGUCAGCAGCUUAACCUACUUAAGAAGAAGGUUUCUCAAGAACAAAAACACUCACAAGUCCUAGCAGAGUCUAUAGGACGACUGAGCGAGAAGCUCCGGCAGACAACAGAGGAAUCUAGUAUUGUGAGGUAUAAAAGUAGAUUGCAGCAUGAGCAGAACAAAGAAGAGUUGGAUGCCAAAGAGCAAUAUUUUAAGGAGAAAAUAAAUGUUAUUUGCCAAGCCAUACAGUUGAAGGAAGAUAAUUUUGAGAAGCUGCUGAGGGCAGCCAGGGAGAGAGUUAAUCAAUCAACCGAAAAUCCGACAAAUAAUGAAAACAAGCACAGUGCUACCGAGAUGGAGGUAACAACCCAAGAGAAAAAGAUGGAGGAAUUCGAGGCAGAGAGGGAGAAGCUGAUGAAAAGUCAUCAGGACAGAAGGUUGGCAAUAACACAGAGGUACUGGGAGGAGCUGAUUGAGCUCGAGGAAGGGUUCGAAAAAGAACUGGCCCUUCUCAUGGGAAAGUACAGCCCCGAUCACCCCGGGGAAGAGACUACCGACAGCCUUAAAGGACAAGACAAGAAGGGAACAACAGAUAUCAAAACAGAAUAGAUGACAUUGAAUCUAUUCGUCGAGGGAAAGAAGCAGCAUUAUGUUUUCCUUCGAAGGUAAAGAAUAUACAUAGAGUUCUGUUACCAAAGAGACUUGAGUUUUGGAUAUAGGGACCUGGGAAAGGCAUUUCCGGAUGGUGAAGAAUACUGGAAUAAUGGAACUUGAAUUACUUGAUCAUCAUCAUUAUUAUUUAAAGUACAUUUCUGAUGAUUCUUUAACGUAUCAGCUCUUGCAAUGUCAAAUUUCAUUCCUUUUUU